GUCAGACCAUAUCAAAAGGCCUAAGUGUGGUUAUGGAGAUUGCUUUCUAGAAACAGAAUAACCCUCAACCAAAAUUAGUUCUGUACUGAAUGACCCACGUGUAGCAAUCAUGAAAGAGUUUAGCAUCGUGUUCAUUUGGGUGUUAAUCAACCUGUUGCUGCUGCAGAGCUCAUCAUGUGCUGGUGACUCGAGUGUUGUGAAUCCCUGUUGUUACUACCCAUGUCAGAACUCAGGAGUGUGUGUGAGAUUUGGUACAGACGGCUACCAAUGUGACUGCACUCGCACUGGCUUCUACGGAGACAACUGCACUAUUCCGGAGUUCUGGACCAGAGUCCGUCUCAUGCUGAAGCCCACCCCCACGGUGGUUCACUUCAUCCUCACCCACUUCCAGUGGUUCUGGGACCUCGUCAACAGGUCCUUCCUGCGAGACACAUUCAUGAGAUUAGUGCUGACAGGUAGAACCAGCAUUAUUCCAAGCCCUCCGACCUACAACAGCAAGUAUGGAUACCUCAAUUGGGAGGCCUACUACAACAUCUCCUACUACACCCGGCUCCUCCCUCCUGUACCUGAAGACUGCCCUUUGCCCAUGGGAACUAAAGGUAAAUCUGUUCUUCCUGAUCCCAAACUGUUGGCUGAGAGGUUUUUUAGGAGAAAGAAAUUUAGGCCAGACCCCCAGGGAACCAAUCUGAUGUUUGCCUUCAUGGCCCAACACUUCACACAUCAGUUUUUCAAGACAAACCAUGAAGUUCAAGGGGGAUUCACCAAGGCUUUAGGACAUGGGGUUGAUGCAGGCAAUAUCUACGGAGACAACCUCAUGCGACAGCUUCAACUACGGCUUCAUAAAGACGGAAAGCUGAAAUAUCAGGUAAUAAAUGGUGAGAUGUACCCUCCAACAGUAUCUGAGGUCCCUGUGCACAUGGUGUAUCCUGAAGGUGUCCCUCCAGAGAAGCGUCUGGUUAUUGGUCAGGAGAUAUUUGGCAUCCUACCGGGUCUCACCAUGUACGCCACCAUAUGGCUGAGAGAGCAUAACAGAGUGUGUGACAUCCUGAAGUCAGAACAUCCCACCUGGGACGAUGAGCAGCUCUUCCAGACUGCCAGACUUAUCAUUAUUGGAGAGAUGAUUUGCAUUAUAAUAGAAGAGUAUGUGCAACAGCUGAGUGGCUAUCUGCUGAAGCUGAAGUUUGAUCCCUCCCUGCUCUUCAACGCACGUUUCCAGUACAGCAACCGCAUCGCUCUGGAGUUCUGCCACCUCUACCACUGGCACCCACUGAUGCCUGACAGCUUCCUCAUAGAUGGAGAUGAAAUCUCGUACUCCCAGUUUAUUUACAACACCUCCCUCCUCAUGCACUACGGGGUGGAGAAACUGGUGGAUGCCUUUUCUCGACAGCCUGCAGGACAGAUAGGUGGUGGCCACAAUACUCAUGAAAUCCUCCUCACAGUCCCAGAAAUGGUCAUCAGAGAGUCUAGAGCAACACGUAUGCAGCCCUUCAAUGAAUACAGGAAUAAGUUUAACCUCAAGCCAUACACCUCUUUUUAUGAAUUCACUGAUGACAAGAAAAUGGCCAGGGGUUUAGAGGAACUCUAUGGUGAUAUAGAUGCUUUGGAGUUUUACCCUGGCCUUUUACUAGAAAAGGCACGCCCUAAUGGCAUAUUUGGUGAGAGUAUGGUUGAGAUGGGGGCUCCAUUCUCCCUGAAAGGCCUGCUGGGAAACCCCAUCUGCUCCCCUGAGUACUGGAAGCCGAGCACCUUUGGGGGAGAGACUGGCUUCAGUAUCGUCAAAACAGCUACACUGAAGAAACUGGUGUGCCUCAACACAAAGUGGUGUCCAUACGUGGACUUUCAUGUUCCACAAAAUGAGGAAGAAGCAAAACGAAGAGAACCGUCUACUGAACUUUAA